AUGCUUGCAGUAGUGUAUGGGUGUGAACGCUUCCAUACUUACAUAUAUGGUAAACGAUUUAUAGUUGAAUCGGACCAUAAGCCACUGGAGAUGAUACAUCUCAAGAACUUGGCUGCAGCACCUCAACGCCUACAGAGAUUAUUCUUGCGGAUUCAGCCAUACGAUAUGAGAAUCACAUACAGACCUGGCAAAGAUAUGUUGAUAGCAGACGGGCUUUCAAGAUUGCCUAGCAGAGAUGCUUCAAUAAUCGACCUGGAUGUACAAGUGGGUUUAGUUCAAUUUUCAUCUCAGAAAUUACAGAGCAUACACGAAGAAACGUGCAAAGAUGAUGAGCUUCAGUUGCUGAAAGAAAUUAUUCUUGAAGGCUGGCCAGAAACACAGAGACAAAUACCGUCUAAUAUGAAAUCUUACUGGCCAUUCCGAGAUGAACUUGUCAUUGAUAAUGGCAUCAUCCUGAAAGGUGACCGAGUAAUAAUACCCACAAGCAUGCAGACAGAAAUUCUAAACAAAAUCCACGAGGCACAUCAAGGUAUCCAGAAGAUGAAACUGCGAGCCAAAACAUGUGUUUUCUGGAAUGCUAUAAACACAGAUAUCGACAAGAUGGUAAAAAGCUGCCAUCUGUGCCAAGAAUUCCAAAAAAGCCAACCUGCAGAAACCCUGAUGCAACAUGAAGUACCGACCAGACCUUGGCAGGUACUUGGAAGUGACUUGUUCUACACGGAAGGACAGGAAUUCCUUAUAGUGUGUGAUUAUUAUUCCAAAUUUCCCAUCAUUCGACUUGUAAAAGGAAUGGGAGGAACUCAAACUGUUAUAAACAUUCUAAAGGGAAUAUUCUCGGAACAAGGCAUUCCUGAGAAGCUAGUCACUGAAAAUGGACCACAUUAUUCAUCAUCUUCAUUCAAACAGUUUGCCGAAUCCUGA